UGGUCCACGACUCCUAUCCCCUCGCCGCUCGCUCUCUUCUCUACUCUUGCCGACGCCGCCGCCUCCCCGCGGAUCCCCGUCGUCGGUUCCCUCCGGCGCCCCCAAACCCCACCAGCCGCCGCCUUCCCAGUAGAGCUCCUCGUCGUCCCUCUCGAGCAGAGUCAGGUACAGAUUGGUUUCGUGAUGGCUGGCUCCGAGGACGUGAGGGGUUUGGCAGCAUCCCUGGGAGAGCUACACGUGGAGGCAUCAACAUCGCGGGAGGAAGGAACCAAUGGGCGCAACGGUGAUGCUGCUGCUGCGGACGACGAUGUCUGGGGUGAUGCCUCAGAUUCUCCAGGGCAUGAUUCCGACUUAAAAAGAGAAUGGGACCACAGGCAGGAGCAGUUUCAUAAGAUGGGCUAUAGGGAUGGUAUAACCGAAGGGCAGAAGGAUAUUGCCCAAGAGGGGUUCAACCUUGGGCAUAGGCAAUCUGCGGAUGUCGGAUUCAAGUGGGGUCUUGUUCGGGGAAUUACUAGUGCAUUAGCUAGUCUUCCUGACAGGCUAAAAGAAAAGUUGCUGCUCAACGCCCAGUGUAGAGGAAAACUUGAAGAUUUGCACAACUCUGUGCAAGAAAUUUCAGCACAGGGUGCGCUGCAGCUGUUUCACGAGAGUACUCUUCAGGAUAAUCGUCAACCAGAGGAAAGCAAGCUCCAAACUAUUCCAAAGGACCUUCUGCUUUUGUUGCAGGAAUGCCCAGAUGUGCAUGUUAGUGAAGAGUUGAAACGAGUUCCGUAAGCAAGUUAGUAAAUGUAAUUGCGAGCACUCGGAGACUGGCCGAAUCGCUUAGACUGAGUUCUUCUGAAAUCUGAAGGAUGCAACUGUAAAUCCUGUGAUACUAAGAUUUUCUAUAUGGUGUCACCCUUUCUUUGCUAAACUCCUGUAAAUUCUCAGUAUGAAUGACGAUAAUUAUAUAUUCCUUUUUUGCA